GGAAACACCACCUUCCGGUUUUUGAUAACGUCACGGGAGCUUGAAAGAGACAGUUUCUUUUCUGAAUAGUAUCUGUUGAAAAUACUGCGCACAAGCAGCUGUAACAGCCAUUACCCAAAUCACUGCCGAAGCAGAUUGAAGGACUGGAUGUGAUCUGAUCCUCUGGAAGUAAUCGACUGGAAGUGUGCAGGCAGUUCUUCCCCAGAUGAAGACUGCUGAUGAGAAGCAACAAUGCACAGAUCAAGGAGAGGAUGUGAAAAACAUGGAGGAAAAGAGUUCUGCUGAUGAAACAGAUGAUGUGUCACAAGAGUCACUUCCGUCUAUCCAGGCUCUGGUUCGUCAUUUACCUCCCAGCAUCUCUGCUCAGAAUGGAAGCAGCGUGGUCGCUCCUUCCAUCAUCAAUUCUAACAUUGGCAACAUAAACAUCAAUAUCACCUCAACCAGCCAAGGGUGUAUCGUUGAAGCACUGAACCACGACACCUGUGGGUCUCUGCAGCCCCAAAACAACAAAGUAGCUGAAUGUCAGCAGAAACUUCGAGAGACACUAAAGAGGAAGUUCAGCCACCUGCUUGAAGGGCUCACAACAGAGGCAAACAGAGUACCUCUCAAUAACAUCUACACGGAGCUCUAUAUCACUGAGGGAGGAAGUGCCGAAGUCAAUAAGGAGCAUGAGGUGAGGCAGAUUGAGGCGGCGUCCAGGAUGCAUGUGGCCCAGGAGAAAUCAAUCCACUGCAAUGAACUCUUUACCCCUCCACCAGGACGACACCACCACCAUGUCAGAACGGUGAUCACGAGGGGAGUGGCCGGCAUCGGAAAAACGGUAUCUGCUAAUAAAUUCACUCUAGACUGGGCUGAGAAGACAGCUAACACCGACCUGGAUUUUGUGUUCCCACUCGCUUUCCGAGAGCUGAAUCUGAUGACAAAAAAAACCUAUAGUCUAGAGGAGCUUCUCUGUGUCUUUUUCCCGGAGACGAAAGACACAGGAAUCUUCACUGAUGGUAAAAGUAAAAUGCUCUUCAUCCUGGACGGUCUGGACGAGAGCCGACUGUGCCUGGACUUCGACAAGAGUGAAAUCAUCUCCGAUGGGAAGCAGCAGACCAAAAUCACCGUGCUUCUGACCAAUCUCAUCAGGGGGAGACUGCUCCCCUUGAGUCUUGUUUGGAUCACAUCUCGCCCAGUGGCUUCCAGUCUGAUCCCGGGGGAGUACAUUGACCUGGUGACGGAGGUCCGAGGGUUCAACAACCAGCAAAAAGAUGACUACUUCCGGAAGAAAAUUGGCAACGAGAGCUUGGCAAACAGGGUGAUCGCCCACGUGAAAUCCUGUAGGAGUCUUCACAUCAUGUGCCACAUACCAGUUUUCUGCUGGAUGGCGGCGAGUGUUCUCGGGAAACAGCUGGCGACAACUGACAGUAAAGACACGCCAAAGACUCUCACUAAAAUGUACAUAAACUUCCUGUCUUUGUAUGUGCAGAACAUGAAGAAGAGGUGGCCUGGAAGACGAGAGUCAAGCGCUGAUGUCAGAGAUAACCUCAUCUUGCUGGGUGAACUGGCCUUUAAGGAGCUUGAGAAGGGCCACUUGAUCUUCUACGAGAAAGAUCUCAUCAAAAACGGAAUAAAUAUUUCCCAGGCGUCCAUGUUCUCAGGAGUCUACACACAGAUCUUCAAUGAGGAGCUUUCACUAGGAGAGGAGAAGAUGUUCUGCUUUGUGCACCUGAGUGUGCAGGAAUUCUUCGCUGCUUUGUACGUCUUCCUCAUGUUCCACAACGACAACGUCAACGUCCUGGUGAAGAAGUCCUCCUUGGGACUCUUCCAGUUCCGAGACUCUUCAGAGCUCAUCCUCUAUAAGGAGGCAGUGGAAAAGACUCUGCGUUGUGAGAAUGGUCAUUUUGACAUCUUUCUGCGCUUCCUGUUGGGCCUGUCUCUGGAGUCCAGUCAGACUCUGUUGAAGCAUCUAAUGACCAGCAACAGAACAAAACAACGGACCAGAGCAGAGAUCAUCAAACACAUCAAGGAGAGGAUCAGGUCGAGUCUGUCCAUAGACAGGUGCCUCAAUCUCUUCCACUGCCUCUUUGAGCUGAACGACCACUCGCUUGUGGAGGAGAUUCAGAGCUACCUCAGCUCCGGCAGUCUGAACAAAGCCAAACUGUCCCCUGCACAGUGGACCACUCUGGUCUUUGUCCUGCUGACUUCAGAGGAAGAACUGACUGUGUUUGAGCUGAGCAACUACACCAGGUCUGAGGAGGGACUUGUGAGGCUGCUGCCUGUUGUUAAAACUGCUCAAGUGGCAAAUCUGAAAUCAUGUAAUCUCACUGUGACCUGCUGUGAAAUCCUGGCAAACUGCAUCAGCUUGUCUAAAAUGAGAGAGCUGGACCUGAGUAACAACAGCCUGACAGACUCAGGGAUUAUACUGCUCUCUGCUGGACUGAAGAAAAGCAAACUGGAGACACUGAGACUGAGGAGCUGCAACCUGACUGAUCGAAGCUGUGACGCCCUGGCCUCAUUUCUCAGCUCAGCAUCCUGCCAGCUCAAAGUCCUGGACCUCACUGACAACGACUUUCAGGACACAGGAAUCUCAAAGCUCGCAGAGGGACUGGGGAGUCCUCAUUGCAAACUGGAAAUACUCAUAUUGUCCCUGUGCAGAGUGACAGAAGAAGGCUGCACUUACCUGGCGUCUGCUCUGAACUCAUCCGGUGUGAGGGAGCUCAACCUGAGCUACAACCACCCAGGAGACCUGGGCCUGCAGCUGCUGUCUGCUCUACUGGAUGCGCCACAAUGCAGCCUGCAGAAACUCAGUGUGGAAGAGUGUGGUGAAUCCAGGAUUCAGCCAGGUCCAAAGAAAUAUAUCACCAAACUCAGCCUGGACCCAAACACAGCGCACAAAGACCUGGCUCUGUCCAAGGAGAACACAAAAGCAGACCGUAGCACACCACAGUCGUAUCCCGAUCACCGUGAGAGGUUUGAUUUCUGGAGACAGGUGUUGUGUCAAGAGGGACUGAGCGGCCGGUGCUACUGGGAGACAGAAUGGAGUGGGAAAACUUUCAUAGGAGUAGCCUACAGACGUAUGUGCAGGAAGGGAGAGGGAGGCGACAGCUGGUUAGGCCGGAAUGACUCUUCCUGGGGCCUCAGCUGCACAAACGAUAGCUUCAGGGUCGUGCACAACGCCACAAACACUGCUCUGACCAUCACACCCAGCUCCAACAAAGUAGCAGUCUUUCUGGACUGGUCAGGGGGGACACUGUCGUUCUACUUGGUCUCCUCCUGUGGCUCACUGACCCUCCUCCACACCUUCCAAACUUCCUUCACUGAUGCCGUCUACCCGGGGUUUCACCUUGGCUGGGUGGGCGCCACAAUCACCCUCUGCUAAAUGAUCACCAGGACAUAAAGAAUGCUUCAUGUUUCCUCCUGCUCUCUACACAUUAAGGUUCAGUUCAAAUAAAAAGUAGAAUUAUUGCACUGUGGUUAUCGUCCACCACCAACCACUGCAGUUUUAGAACACCUAAGUUUUCACUGUGACCCUUGACCAUUGAAAUCAUCUAAUUCCAAUUGAAAACUGGUCAAACUUUGAAGGAAUUCACCAAAGGCAGACUUGAGAUAUGACAUGUUUCUGAUAUGUUACAUUCACGCACAUCUGUCCGUCCUGGAGUGCUCCGUCACACAUGACUCUCUCUGAGGUUUCUAAACGUUUCUUUCCAAUUAAAAGUUUUUUUUGGGGUAGUUUCCUUCCUCACUCUUAUAUCAAGGGUUGAGAACAGAGAAUAUUGCACCUUCUUAAGCCAUAUGAGGCAAUUUGUGACUUGGGCUAUACAAAUAUAUGAUUUGAUUAAUUGACAAGGAGGUCACAGCGACCUUGACCUUUGACCACCUCAAAUUGAAUCUGUUGAUUUCGAGUUCAAGUGAAAAGGCGUCCCUCAGAUGUUCACAAGAAUGGGAUGGACAAACAACACAAAAGCAUAUUGCCUCCAACUGCUGGCUGUCCAAAGUGUUGAAACAGAAAAUGUGUUCAUCUCUUUAACCAUGAGAGUAAAAACACAGCCCCUUGAGAGGAAGUGAAAAUGUUUUGUAAUUUGGAAAAAAACAAAAUUGUUCAAUAAUGUAAAUGUCAUUAGUAGAGCAAUGUGAAGUGAAUAUUUCUAAUAAAGGCUCUCUCUCUGGAAGGCAAAGAAAAACAAAAGAGAGAAGCAACGUGUGGAGUUGCGCUUUUAACCUCAUUUUAUUAGCAGUCCCAAGAGGCAAUGAAAAAAACAAAUCAAAGAAAAAAAAAAAAGGAGGAGAAAUUGAGAUUACAGUCAAGACAAUGGGUCAAACUCAGUGAACGUGAAGAUGGAACAGAGGGCGACACACACACACACAAAUAAACGCACAAAGUAAAAAAAAAAA